UCUCAUCAAUACAGCAUUGAUUCUUACUUCCAAGUUUAACCGAAAUAUUAUUUGACAUUCAGAAUAAAUAGUGUCACUCGUCUCGCUUCAAAAAUCUCACAAAUCAAUUUUUAAGCAAAAUGGAAGACACUUCAUUCCCAGUGGUAUCAAAAACCAACCUUUUCAACAAGUUCAAGGAGAUUGAUGAACUAAAAGACUUGAAGCUGAACUAUUACAAAAACCAUUACGAUUUUCAUAUUCGAGAGUUGCGAAAGGAAGAGGGUCUUGGACUCGCUUUGAAAAUGAACAAUGAUCGCUUGGUGGUCAACAUGGUGGGCAGCCAAUUAAUGGACGAUGUUCUGACUGGACGCUGCGACACUAUUGACUUUGAGGACUAUAUGAAACAUCGCAAGCGGAUCAAGAUAUCUGAAUUAGAGAAGUUUCAAGAAAAUAUUACAGAAAAUACUUUCUAGACUGAAGAAUUUAUAUUUAUCUUUCGGUCAGAGAAAUUAAAACCUAAAAAUGAA